UCCCACAUGUUAUUGGGGUUGUGGAUGGCACACAUGUAGCUAUUCAGCCACCAAAACAUAAUGAAGAAAUUUUUAGAAACAGGAAACUGUUUCAUUCUCUGAAUGUAAUGGUUGUUUGUGGGCCAUCCCUCCAGAUCCUUUCCCUGAACGCAAAGUUUACUGGAAGUUCCCAUGAUGCGUAUGUCAUUAGACAAUCAGGGAUAUGGCAGAGAUUAAGAUCAAGUCAACGACCAGACAUGUGGUUAUUGGGAGACCGUGGAUAUCCUUGCACCCCCUGGCUCAUGACUCCUUACCGUAAUCCCAGGCCAGGACCACAGAUGGCAUUUAACUCCGCGCUUACUGCCACUAGGCAGCUGGUGGAGCGCACAAUUGGUGUCCUGAAAGGGCGGUUUCGUGUUCUCCACCGCACUGGUGGCGACAUCAUGUAUUCGCCGGAGAUGGCAAGUAAAAUAGUGGUCCUGUGCGCAAUACUCCAUAAUAUCGCGGUAAGGAGUAGUGUAGAGCUUCCUCAGGCAGAGGAAUUGCCUGAUGAGGAGCCAGGGGUUGUGCCACGCUUCGGUGGGGGGAGUGUGACACGGAGGGGGAGCCAAGUGAGGGCAAGAAUUGUAGCAGAAUAUUUCAGCUGAAUUAUCACACGAACUGUGGUGAGUACACAGAUAUGUUUAGUAUUUGUAACUAAAGUCUGUGUCUCUGUGUGUGUUUUGUUUGCUUAAAUUUGUGUACCAAACAUUUUCGCUUCUGCUAUUGCGUUUUUACGCUCGUGCCAAAUAACACUCUGCUUUUCACAGCAUUGCAAAGAUCAAUAAAGUUAAUAGAAAUGACAACAUAGAUUUUUGACCAAUCACAUGCUAACAGACACUAUAAAUAUAUGCCCAAAUAAGGAAAACGCCAUUGCCAUGAUGCGUGCAGCACCGUUCACCAGGCGGGAGCUCCGCGUGCUGGUUGCGGUGAUGGACCGCCGCGUAGGCCGCGUUGGGCGCUUCAUCCCCAAUCGGGUGAAGCGCGAGGCCUACGCGGAGGUCCGCCGCCUGCUGCGGACGCGAGUCCGCAGCAGGCGGACAAUCAUCCAGCUCGAAAGGAGGUGGAGUGAUCUCCGUAGGCGGACUCCAGAUUUGUUGGCGGAGAUCCGCCAUCAAAUCCGUGCGCUGCAUACACGAAGUAAGUUACCUUACAUAAGUUUUUUGCACUAAAUUGUGCUAAUGUGUUAUUUUCCAAUUUUUGGCCUUCCGUAAUUUAAGUAACAAUUGUUAAAUACAAUGAGCACUGCAGGGGAAGCAUAUGUAACAUGUGCAGAGAGAGUAAGUUUUGGGUGGGGUGUGUUAAAUCAGGUGCAAAAAUUUGCAAGGCUAAAAUAAAGCUGCAUGUAUUUACCC